CUAUACACUAUACUUAGUGGAAUAAACUGAACGUACCGUGUGAACAUGAAUCGGUCGAAAGACGAUACAUCUCCGCUUGAGACAAAUCUGGAGAAAUUUAUUGAGACAAUGUUCGAAAUCGAAAUGUUGGCCUUCAAUCCUGAGGCAAUUGCGCACAGCGUUUUCAAGCGUAAAAUACACAAUUUGGUGAAAGGACUCAUCAAUAUUGAUAAACGCCGUGCUGAAGUCAAUAACGUAUAUGUGCCAAGCGAUGUAAUUCGUUUUAUUGACAACGAUUUAAGUCCCGAAAUUUACACCGGCGCUAUGGCCGAUGCAGCGAUUCAGGUGAACAUGUCAAUGCAAGAGAAAAUGGGACGUUUCCAGAACUUGAAACUGCAUUUACUGAUGGAGUUGAAGAAAGCAAUUCCGCAUGUAUACGACCAAUACCGAGCACGAACAACAACUCAGUAGCUAUCUUUGAUUAUUGAAACAAUUCUUACAACAAUUGACAUCGAAGGACAUACAUUCAAACAAUU